CCCUCUCUCUCUCUCUCUCUCUCUCUCUCUCUCUCUCUCUCUCUCAGCGCAGUCGUCUUCCUCGUCCCACCCAAAGAGCUUAGUUAGAGAUGGAUCAUAUGUACAAGAGCCAACUCCAGUCAUAUGCCCUCAAACAAAAUAUGGAGCUUCCCGUCUAUGCCGCUGAGAGACAAGGACCUGCUCAUUCUCCUCUAUUCCGAUGCAAGGUCACUGUUUGCGGACAGACUUUUCAAGGUCAAGAGUUCUGUCCAACACUAAGAGCUGCUGAACAUGCUGCUGCAAAAGUGGCAUUGGCUUCGUUGACUCCGUUGAACCCAGAGGCUAGUUCCCAUCGACCAUUAUUAAUCUGUUAUUCCCCAUAUUGUUUAAAUUUUAAAAGCGUUUUGUUUUUGUUAUCCCAGGGAGUUGUUGUUGAUAUUGCUUACAAGAACCUUUUACAAGAAAUUGCGCAGAAAGAGAACUCUCUUUUACCAGUUUAUGCAACUUCUACAUCUGGUCCAUCACAUGCUCCUACCUUUACUUCAACCGUUGAGUUUGAGGGGAAUCUCUACAAAGGAGAAGAAGCAAAGACCAAAAAGCUGGCUGAAAUGAAUGCCGCUAAAGUAGCUUUCAUGAGUAUAAAACAUGGACACUUGAACCAAAACCCAUCAUCGCCUUCUUUGCCUUGUGUGAGACAAGAAGCUUCAAAUUCAAAUGUGAAGAGCAGCGAACAAGUGAGCCCUUCCCAACCUUCGAAGAUGGCAACCCCUGAUGUCCCAUCAAAGUGGAUUGAAGUGCACGAAGAUGAACUCCCAAACUUUCUUAAUGCACCACCACCCAAUAGUGUUACGGACAUAAACAUUACUGCUUCGCCUGUGGCUACUCACCCUAUUACAGAUGCUACUCUUACUGCCGCACCAGCUACUCAUACUACGGGGAUGAUGAACAUUGCUGCUCCUUACUUUCCUCAGAAUAGGACAAACAAUGUUAAUGAAUCAUCACGUGUACAAGAGAGUGAGAAGAAGCUGGUAAUGGGAAGUGGGUACCAGAGUAUACCAAGUGGGCAACAUGUAGUUUGUCGUCCAUGGAACCCAGAGCUGACUGUUCCUGAAGACGCGGAGAUGCUGUUUAGAGACGACAGAUUCAUUGCUUACCGUGUCGUGAAGCAGUAAAAAGGAGCUCUCGGAUUAUUCUGUGAGCUUUGUGUUGUGAUGGAUAUAUACGAUAUCAACUAUCAAGGUUUAAGCCUGGUUUUUGAGCUGUAGUAACGGUGAAUGUUGUUAAGUAGUUGUCAUCUUUGAUGUAUUAAGGGUAAAAGUAAAACGAAAGAAUAUUCGAAACCACUACGAAGACUAAUAAUAACUUAUCUUACCUAAGCUAA